AUGGCUUCGUCAAAGCGUUCGUCGUCGUCGCUACCUUUUGAGUUAGUAGAAGAAAUACUUUACAUGAUUCCAAUCGAAUCUUUGGCACGUUUCAAAUCGACAUGCAAACAGUGGUACGCUCUUAUUAAGGACAAAAGAUUCAUCUACAAACACUUUGAUCUCUCCCACAAACGAUUCAUACAAGUCGAUUUUCAUAAUAACUUGGUUAAAGUCUUCAAUCCUGAGACCAAAGCUCUCUCAUCUCUACAAGGCCCAACUAAAAUUCGUGCAAUGAUUCACUGCGACGGGUUAUUUCUAUGUAAGUUUUGGGAAAGUAGUGGGACUGAUUAUACAUCAAGAAAGCUCGCAGUUUGGAAUCCGUUUUUGAGACCAGUCAAAUGGAUCAAACCCUCGAAUUUUUAUAAAAGGGAUGAUGUCUACGGUUUUGGAUACGACAAAGUAUCUCGUGACAAGUACAAGAUCUUGAGGUUUUUGGACAAAUCACAUAUUGAGAUAUAUGAGUUCAAGUCUAAGCUCUGGAGAAGUGCUGAUGCUGCUCUCGAUUCGUGUGUAGAUCUUUGGUUUCCACAGCAUCAAGCUUUGUCUAUGAAUGGAAACAUGUACUGGAUUGCUCGAAGGAAAAAGAAGAAGGGUAACUCCGAUGAUAAAACGGGAAUCUUCAUCCAAAGUUUUGAUUUCUCUAGAGAGACAUUUAAAGACAUAGGCGGUGUUGUUCCCUUUGAAACUGAUUGUUUAGGUGUGAGUAGUGAUAGUACAUUAGUCAUAUCAGGUUUGGGAGGAGAUAGGCUUUCUUUAUUACGUCUACAUGAACGUGAGAAGAUUGAGGUGUGGGUUACAAACAAGGUGACUUAUGAUGGGGACGUUGUUUCGUGGAGCAAGUAUUUUCAUAUUACUCGUCCUGACCACCCGAUAUGUCCAAGUUAUUGCGGUUUCCCGGAAUAUUUCAUCAACCACAAGACCAGUAAUACCAUGGUUUGUUGCGGGAAAUAUGAUGCCACGACGCCUUAUUAUAUUGAUGUCGACGUCUACGAAAUGGGUGACGGUGACAUUAAAAAACACGUUGUCGCAGGAUUCGGACAUAGUAAGAGUUAUGCUUUUCUUAACAUUUGCUAUGUCUAUGUUCCAAGUCUGGUUCCGGUUCUUGAAGAAGACGAAGAUAGUCCAUGA